UUAUAAGCAGGUGGAGGUGCGGCAAGGCUGGCAGGAGCAGCAGGCAGCAGCCAGGCACUGACUGGAACACAGCUGCGUCUGGAGAGGGAAUGACUGGCUGCAGCAGCAAGAGCAUGGUCCUGCUUUCCCUGCUGGGGCUCCUGGCACUGCUCCUGUGGGGCACCUCGGAGGCACAAAGCAACCAGGAUUGCUGCCUGUCCUACACCAAAGUGCGUCUGCCUCGGUGGGCCCUGAAGGGUUACACUGAGCAGCUCUCCAGUGAGGUCUGUGACAUCCCUGCCAUCAUUUUCCACACUGCCAGUGGGCUGAAAGCCUGUGUAAAUCCUAAGGAAGGCUGGGUGAAGAAACAUCUCCUUUUCCUGAGCCACAAGCUCAGGAAGAUGUCAGCCUGACGUGGUUUCCAGCAAGGAGCUAAGCACAGACAUGGUUGAAGAGCCCUGGGCUAAGGCUCUCGGCUGAGAUGGUUUCUACACUGUUGUGUGCUCACUCCCCUU